AUGGGGGGGUGAGGAUGAGCCGGUACCGGCCCCCGUUAUCUGCCCCGUUGCUCUGCUGUUAUCUGCUGCGGCUCACAGGGGUAUUUUCCGGCCUCAGCCUCCACCCUCAAAAUAUUACAGCCACCGAGGGCAGGGACGUUACCCUGAGAUGCGAGGUCUCGUUGGAUGGCGGCGUAGUGACCCAAGUGAACUGGCAGCUGUGUAAUAACGUCGAUAUCGCCUCCCAGGUGCCCGAUAAAGGACACGUGGCCAGCGAAUAUGAAGGACGGGUGACCUUGGAGGACCGAUUCGGAAUAAAGUUACUCCGAGCGAGGAGAAAUGAUAGCGGGGCGUACUGCUGCACCGUCAACAUCUUCCCCCACGGCCGGCUGGACGGGAAGAUAUUCCUCCAGGUCACAGCACAGACCCGGUGGGACUCCUAUAUCUGGGCUGUUCUCGCAGCUCUGACCCUUUUGGCUUCUGGAACGGCUGCAGCUUUGUAUCACAUGAAAAAGUCAAGAUGGAGCCAAAAUGCCACAACGCCUGCAGCAGCACCCAAUCCCAUCCCGUCCGCAGCUGGGGAGGAAGAGGAGGAAGAUGCCGGGGUGGUGGAGUAUUUCAAUAUCUUGAUGUACCGACCCCCUCCCAUAUGAAGCUGGAGGUAGACGGCCCUGGAACAGCGCACCCCCUCUCAUUUCAAAUGACUAAAGACAGACACUUU